UGUAGAAGCGCGCUCUGAUACAUUGAUUUUCAUUUUAAUAACUGACUAAAAAUGUCGGCGAUACGCAAAUCCGAUCUUUUGUCGUUGCUCUACCGUAUACGAGAGCCAGUUUAUUAUCCGAAAAAUGAUUUGGACAAAACAUUGUUCAUCGAACUGUCUCCGGAAUAUUUACCGCGAAAGUACCAGACGAAAGCACCUCAAAUUCUGUCGCGAUUCGGCGAGCAAGAUGGGCGCAGAAUCGACAUAAGUUCGAUGCUGCGCGACGACUUGCUGAACAUCAAGCUCGACGAGGUGCAGACCGUCGACAGACGCGAUCAGUUCUCUCUGUUCGUACCCAAGCACCAUCGAGCCGCCAACAAACUGUUGGAAAUAUUUUUGGGUCUCAAGAGCGUCGACGAUCUCAUGGCUUUCGCGGCUUACGCGCGCGAACGCGUGAAUCCGGCGCUGUUCGCCUACGCCUACUCGGCGGCCCUGCUGCACCGGCCCGACACGAAGAAUCUCGUGCUGCCGCCCGUAUCGGAGAUAUUCCCGCACAACUUCGUGGACGCCCAGACGAUCGCCGAGGCCAAGGAGUCGGCCGACAUCCUCGCGAGCCCCAGCGAUCGCGUGGCCAUCGAGAUACCCCAGGACCUCACGGGCAACGAUCGCGACAUGGAGCACCGGCUGGCCUACUUCCGCGAGGAUCUCGGCAUCAAUCUCCACCACUGGCACUGGCAUCUGGUCUAUCCGCUGGACGGGCCCGCGGCCGUCGUCACCAAGGACCGUCGCGGCGAGCUCUUCUACUACAUGCAUCAUCAGGUGCUGGCGCGCUACAACGUCGAGCGCAUGUGCAACGGCCUGGACAUGGUCAAGCGGCUCGAGUGGGACGAGGCCAUCGAGGAGGCCUACUUCCCGAUGCUGAACUCGGACGUGUCGGGCCGCGACUGGCCCUCGCGACCGGCCAAUCUGCGCCUCACCGACAUCAAUCGGCCCGAUCUCCAGCUGAGCUUCAGCAUCGACGAUCUCAAGCGCUACGAGGAGCGCAUCUACGAGGCCAUCCACAAGAAGGUCGCCCUCGACGGCAACGGCCAGAACAUCGACCUGCUGAACGAGCAGGGCAUCGACGUGCUCGGCAACAUGGUCGAGGCGAGCAUACUCACGCCCAACGCCGAUUACUACGGCAAUCUGCACAAUAUGGGCCAUUCCGCGAUCGCUUACAUACACGAUCCCAAGUAUCAAUACAUCCAAUCUGCCGCUGUUAUGUCGGAAACGAUGACUGCCAUGAGAGAUCCUGUAUUCUACAGAUGGCACAAAGUGAUCGAUCAACUGUUCGUCGAGCACAAGCAUACCUUGACGCCUUACACCGCCGAAGAGCUGACAUUCGGAGGAAUUCAAGUGACGGGUUUGGAGGUGUGCUCGUACAACGAUCAGCAGGUCUGCCGGCAGGACAGAAACGUCCUGCAGACGUACUUCAUGCGCAGCGACAUCGACAUGAGCCGAGGCCUGGACUUCACGCCUCGCGGCCCGAUUCUGGUGCGCGUCACCCAUCUCAGCCACGACGAGUACGCCUUCACCAUUCGCGUGAACAACACCACCGGGCGCAGGGUCAUCGGCACCGUGCGCAUCUUCAUAGCACCGGUCGUCAAUAACAAGAGGCUGCCCACCACCCUGGCCGAGCAGAAGACUCUGAUGAUAGAGCUCGAUCGAUUUGCCGCCGAACUGAGUCCCGGCGCUUCGACCAUCGUGAGACGAUCGAUCGACUCGGGCGUGACCAUCCCGUUCAAGCAGAUAUUCCGCGAUCUGAACGCCAACAGGCCCGACGACGACUCUUACAGGGAGUUCGACAGCUUCAAUUAUUGCGGCUGCGGCUGGCCCCAUCACAUGCUGCUGCCCAAAGGAAGCCGAGGCGGCUUCGACAUGGAGCUCUUCGUCAUGAUAUCGGACUACAGCCAAGAUAAGGUCCAAGGCAACGGCGAGCCGGCCCUCGGCGAGUGCAAGACCGGCAUGAUAAUAUGCGGCCUCAAGGACAAGUUCUAUCCGGACCGCAAUCCCAUGGGCUAUCCGUUCGAUCGGGCCAUCCGCACGGGCGUGAACACGCUGCAGAACUUCAUGACUCCCAACAUGUUCAGCGUGCCCGUGAGGAUAAUGCACGACGAUCAGGUGAGGCUUGGCCAGGUCCUGGCCGACCAGAGCGUCUCGAUCAAGGACCUGAAUCAGGAUCUGGUGAACGCCGCUCCACCGACGACCAGCUUCGGCGUUAAUCGCGCCACCACGACCGCUAACAAUCGCGGGUCCGCUUGACGAGCUGAUAAUUGUGAAAUUACUCUUUAUGUGUUUUAUUCGAAAUGUCCAUAUGAAUUAUACUUAUUUUGAAGCA